AUGCCCAAGAUCACGGAAAUCUUCUUCGACUGCGACAACACCCUCGUGUUGUCGGAGGAGCUGGCCUUCGAAGCCUGCGCCGACCUGGCCAACGAGAUCCUCGAGAAGCACAACAUCCCCGAUCGCUACACGGGCGACCAGCUGAUCAAGGACUUUGUCGGCCAGAAUUUCCGCGGCAUGAUGGUCUCGCUGCAGGCCAAGUACCACUUUGAGAUGGGCAAGGACGAGCUGGAGUACUACGUCACCAAGGAAGAGGACCAGGUUAUCGCCAAGCUGGAGGCAAGGGCUCAACCCUGCGUCGGCGCCACCGAGGUGCUCGAGAAACUCUUCGCAAAGAAGACGUACGGCCUCGCCGUGGUGUCAUCGUCUGCGCUGCGUCGUGUGCGCGCCUCCAUCAAGAAGGUUAACCAGGACCAGUACUUUGACGAGGACAAGAUCUUCAGUGCGGCUACCUCGCUACCUAAGCCGACGUCCAAGCCCGACCCGGCUAUCUACCUGCACGCCCUUGACUACGUCAAGAAGACUGCCGGCGAGACCGUCGCCAUCGAGGACAGCAAGUCCGGUGCCUUGUCGGCUAUCCGCGCCGGCAUUCCCGUCAUCGGGUAUGUGGGCAGCUACAAGGGUGAAGAAAUGCAGACGGAGAUGGCCAGCCGUCUCUCCGACCUGGGGGCCAAGACCAUCAUGAGGAACUGGUCCGAGUUUGACAAGUGCCUGGCCGAUAUCGAAAAUUCCCCGACCAGUCCCGGCCGGCAAACUUCCCUCUAA